UCACCGGAAGUAGUUCCUUCCCGCUCCCCAGUCGGGGGCCAUGGCGGCCGAGGAGGCGGAUGUGGAGGCCGUGGCGCGCGGGGGUUUCCGCUGCCGCCUCUGCCACGUGACGACGGCCAACCGACCCAGCCUCGAUGCCCACCUGGGCGGCAGGAAGCACCGCCGCCUCCAGGAGCUGCGAGCUACCCGCCAGUCCCAGGGGAUGCGCAGUGUCUAUGUCAGCGGUUUCCCCAGGGGUACGGACCCCUCCCAGCUGUCUCAGUACUUCCAGACUUUUGGGCCCGUUUCGGGCAUCGUCAUGGACAAAGACAAGGGCGUCUUUGCCAUCGUGGAGCUGGGCGACGUGGGCACCAGGGAAGCCGUCCUGUCCCAGCCCCAGCACCGCCUGGAAGGCCACCGGCUCCGAGUGCGGCCCCGGGAGCAGAAGGAAUUCCGGGCCCUGGCGCCCGGCUCCCUCGGGGGGAGGCCCCUGGACAGCCAGCAACUCGUCCGGGCCCUGGCCGAGGCCCCAGAUGUGGGAGCCCAGAUGGGGAAACUCGUGGAGCUGUGGGAGCUCUCCGGGCCCGAGCGCCAGCUGCGGGAACUCGUGGUGGCGCUGAUGCAGGAGGUCUUCACGGAAUUCUUCCCCGGCUGCGUGGUCCGACCCUUUGCUCCUUCAUGAAAUGGUUUCGAUGUCCACGGCUGCGACCUUGACCUCUUUCUGGACCUGGGGGGAUGUACAGGAGCUCUUCCCUUCCCACAACAGGAUCUGAAGGUGCCAGACUCUCCGGGCCUGGAUUCCGCCCUGGCUUCUCCCGUGGACGCUCAGGUCCUCGCGUCUACCUCAGCCUCGCCCCCGGCGUCUCCCCAAGACUCUGAGCCUCCUGUCUUCCCCGUCGCCCCCCGGACCCCGGACUCCGCCCUGGCUUCGGAGACCCCCGCCUCCCCACAGUCCUCACCCUCCGGCUCCCCUCUGCCGAAGAGUCGGGCGAAGGGGGCCCGGAGAGGCCGUGGAUCGGCGGAGGCCGCCCAGGGGAAGGCGGGCGAGGAGAAGGCCACGCUGGAGCUGGUGGGCUCCGUCCUCAGGGGCUGCGUCCCCGGAGUGCACCGGGUCCGCCCCGUGCCCUCGGCUCGGCGCCCCGUCGUCAAGUUCUGCCACCGGCCUUCCGGCCUGCACGGCGACGUCUCCCUCAGUAACCGGCUGGCCCUAUAUAACUCCCAGUACCUGCGACUCUGCUCCCAACUGGACGGUCGCGUGCGGCCCCUCGUCUAUUCUCUGCGCUGCUGGGCCCAGGGCCGAGGGCUGACAGGGAGCGGUCCCCUUCUCAGUAACUACGCCCUGUCGUUGCUGGCGCUUUAUUUCCUGCAGACCCGGAGCCCUCCUGUGCUGCCUCCCCUUACGCAGCUCAACCAAAUGGCAGGUGAGGGGGAGCAGGUAGAGGUCGACGGCUGGGACUGUUCUUUCCCCCAGGACGCCUCCCGGCUGGAGCCCAGCACCAACGUGGAGGCCGUCAGCUCCCUUCUUUCCCAGUUCUUCUCGUGCGUGUCUGCCUGGGACCUGCGAGGAUCCGUGUUGUCCCUGCGGGAAGGCCGGGCGCUGGCCGUGGCCGGGGGCCUGCCCCGCGGAGCCUGGGGGGGCCUACGCCUCGGCCCCCUCAACAUACAAGACCCUUUCGACCUCAGCCACAACGUGGCCGCCAACGUGACCGGCCGGGUGGCCGGGCGGCUGCAGAGCUGCUGCCGCGAGGCGGCCAGUUACUGCCGCAGCCUCCGGUUCCGGCGCCUCUGCCCCCGGGGCCGGGACUGGGGGCUGCUCCCCCUCCUGCGGCCCGGUCCCCGCGACCCCCCGCCGCCGCCAGCCGCCCCCAUCCCGCUGCCGCCCGGCCCGGCCGCCCAGCUCGCCGCCGCCGUGGCCCGGGUGCUGAAGGAGGCGUUGGGCUGCCGACUGGGACGAGGGGGCAAGAGGCGGCGGUCGGAGAGGCGGGGGGGGACCCCGCAAGGAGGAGGAAGUAAGAGGGCCAGGCGCGCCGGGGGCGAGCGGGGGCCCCAAGAGGAGCAGAAACCCCCCGGAAGUGGGGAGCAGCCGGACGGCGGCGGCGACCGGGAAGAGCAAAGCGGGGGGGAGGAGAAGAUGGGUCUGGAGCUCCGAAGGCACGGGCGAGAGCCGGCCCUGGCGGCCGGAGGGCAGCCGAGUCCGGUCGGUGCGGACGCGGGGCGGCCGCCGGCUCGGGAGCCCGGCGGAGGGUCGGGAACGGAGGAGGGCCAGGAGACCCCCUCUCCUUCCGUGGCCACCUGGCGUUGGGCCCUUGACCACCGGGCGUGGCAGGGGCGGCGGCGGGCUCGGCGCCAGUUGAAGAAGGAGGCCGGAGCAAGCUGGCUGGAGGCCGAGGCCCAGGUGACCCGAGAGCUGAGGCGCCAGGAGCUGGGGGAGCCCGGUCCCGAGACCGACCCCCUCCUGACGUUCACCGCCUCGGCCUCCCCCUCCGGCCUGGUCCUGAGCCCCGGCCACGAUCCCCAGGGCCUCUUCCCCGACCUCCAUCACUUCCUGCAGAGUUUCCUGCCUCAGGCCCUGAGACACGUCCAGCAGUGUGGGCCUGGAGACUGACGGGGCCGGAGGGAAGGAGGUGGCAAUAAAGCUGUGCGGUUUUUUUUUUGGUUUUUUUA